UUCGAAGUUGUUCCAUAAAGUGCCUGUGCUGUGGUCUGCCUGGCCCUCCUCUCCUGCAGCUACAUCAGCAGAAACCCCACAGGCCAGGGGUGCCUGUGCCCCUUCAGCUAGACCUGUUUGAGGCCAGUGCUGGGUCUGGGCAUUCUGACAGGCUCAUCACCCACCCCUUGGGAUUGUACACUAGGAUGUCCUAUCUAAGGGGCACCCUGGGUCCCAGCUCCCCUCCAGAGCAGAGGAGUCUCCAGUGGGGUGCUACCUCCACCCAUCAGGGCACAGCCUGGGCCCAGCUGCCCCUGCCCUGAGCAGGCCUCACACUGGUCAGCCACCCUGCCAGGGGCUCUGCUGGGGCCAUGAACAGUGCAGCUUUGUGUCCUGAGAAGAGGGAGGCGUGGCCUUGGCCACCCCAGGUGAGGCAGUGCUGGGAGAAGUUACUGCACAGCAUUUGGGACCAGUUCCCACCUCUGCUGGCUGGGGGUAAGGUGGAGCUGGGUUUUUCCAGGUCUGAGGUCCCGUGAGCAGCCUGGGGGCUGUCAGGGCAACUCAUCCCCUCAUUCACUCAUUCUCUCACUGAGUCACUCACUCCUUCAUUCCCUCACUCACACAUUCAUUCAUUCGCUUACAUAUUCAUUCGUUCAUUCAUUCAAUCAUUCAUUUACUCACUUGCUUGUUCAUUCCUAGCUUCCCUAAAAGCUCCCUCAUGGCAGGCCCCAGGAUGCAAGGAGGGAGAGUGAAGGAUGGACUGAAAAUGGGUUAAUUCAUUUACUCAUCAUUAAAUGAACUUUCUUGGGGAAACUUUCUGGGGAGCCUAUGAGUCUGCAGCACUGGAGGCGGCUGGAUGGGUGGACUCAUGAACCAGAUGAACAGGCAGAUGGGUGGAUACAUGGCCUGAGGUUUUGGCUGAGUUUCCCUGAAGCAACCACUUCCCUGGAAGCAAACCAGCCACCAGGCCUCUGGGUACCCCCUUCUUUUCUGGGACACAGGCGGCUGCCCUGCUGGCCAAGGUGACACCUCCAGUGGGGUCUUCCGUGUCCCCUCUCACAGAGCAGAUGUCGUGGAGGUAGGUCCCCCUUCCUUCCUUUUUCCCACCUACUGCAAGUUCCAACUCUCCCAGAAGCCACUUCUGUCCUUUCCCACAGGCAGACAGACUCCGUAGGCUCAGGGAGUGUCUGGAGAGGAGGGCCCAGCAUUUGGCCCUCUAUGUGUCUGGCCCAACAUGGCUAAUGGGGCCUCUGGGUGAGAGAUCAGGGGUCACUGCCCUCUCAGGGGGCCUGGCUGGUGGAAAAAUGACUACAGGCCCUCAGUGUGCCCUUGGAGGAAAGCCAAGGACUGGACACAUGGAUCACAGACACUAACCUGGACCCUGGAGGAUUGGCCUGGGCUCGUGGCUACUACAGAUGGAGGGGAGGGGACAUCAUCUGACGGGAGGGCCGGGCUCUUCUCUGACUCCUUCUCCCCUAAUUUGCCUCUCUUUGCUCAAUUUUGUGUCCACCACAGAAAGGGGGAUUUCUUGGGAGUCACUCUGUCCAGUAGGUCAAGGGCAAUAUGUCUAAAUUGGCCCCACCUGGCCUCUGACCCCAACCUUGGAAUCACACUCCUCUCCCAGUUUUCCCCAGCCUCUGGAAGGCUUGGAAUUCCGCCACUGCUCACCCCUCCUGUCUGCUCCAAGCCUCAUUGCCAGGCCCCAGGCUGUGCUCACCUAGCAGCAGGAGCACCUCCUUAGACACAGUCACAGCCCCUGGAUGCAGCUCCAGCCCGUGGGUGAGAACAAGCCUCAGGCCCCACCUCUGCCCCCAGGUGGCCCUUCCAACCUCUGUUGGCACCAUGCAGCCCCCAGCACAGACACAUCAUGCUUGGUACUCCACCUCCAUGCGGCUCUCCCUCACCUCCCCCAUGGCAGGGGUUGCAGGGGUCCCUCAGUCCCUCACAGCCCAGUCCACUCUUCCUGUGGGUGAGCCCUCAGUGUCCUCCUGCUACUCAGCCUGAGUCUUCAUCUGGGGCCAGAGCCUAUUAGCUCCUGCUCGGGGAGCUGGCAAGGGCAGUGGGGGUGAGUUCUCACUUUCUGUCCCCCCAGGAGCAUGCAAACAGUUUGCCCAUGGCCCGCAGCGCUGUCUCCCAACUGCAGACCAGCCCCAGCUCCACCGCUCACUGCCUAUGUGCUGGGGGCCACUUUCCAGGCUCAGUCCCCCCAGCACCCUGCCAGCAUGGACAGGCUGAACUCCUGAGCACCUUCCUCCUCCCUUUAGGAGUUGCUAAUUGAACAGGAGAAAGAAUGGAAACCUUCGGAAUAGCUUGGGUGAGAGUCUAACCACGGACCUACCACAGGAAACUACAAACUUGGGCUAUGGAGGUGGGGGGCAGAGAGUCAGCCAGUGGGCUGGACAGAGUCUCUCACUCAGGGCAGCAUGGUGUCUUCUCCACCCCCAGAGAUGCGACCCUGAGGGACAGGCAUGGUAGGUGGCAGGUGGCACCCAUGGUGAUCUGUGGACAGAGAGGAGAGUCAGCACCAGGGUCCAGUGACCACUCAUCCUUCUGUGCACCUGGAUUGGCCCUGGACACCCCUGGCACCAUUGCACACCCACCCCAAGGACUGAUGUCACACUGGACCCAGCAGGUGCCACGCCAGUCGCACUGAUACAUGGAGGGCCCCGUCAGGGCAUGCAGCAUGGAACCCCUUAGAGAACCAGAGAAGCUUCUGCAGGGCCUGGGAGCAGCUCUGGGCACUAAGGGGUCAACUGCUUAUGUCUUGUAUGUGGGGAUGGCAUUUCUGUGCCUACUGGUGGCCCCAUGUCUGUGCUUGUGGGUGUGUACUCGAGUGUGCAUGGCCCACACGUGAGAUGUCACCUGUGUGUGUGCACAGUGAGUGAACAGUUGCCCAUGCCGUGUAGAGUCAGCAUUGUGUGGGCCAUGGCCCUAUGUUAGCCUGGGUAGCAAAGACACAGUAUCUACUGACCCCAAAGCACUACCUGGUUAUUCGGCAGUGCAGCCCAGGUGGCCUUUGGCUGUUCCAGGGUCCACGGCUCCAGCCCCUCCCCAUGUGACGUGCCUGGUGGUCAGGGACUCACUACUUGAGCACCAUCUCCAGGAGGCCAUUGGCACCACCUAACAGAGACAUCUGCCCACACGGUCUCUCAGUGGGUUUCCUGCAUGGGUCUGUAGCCCUGUAGGUGGCAAGGCUCAAAGGGCCAGGCCUCCUGUGCUCACAGCUCUACUCAGAGCCAACCCUUCCCAUCCCCCCCAUGGACAUUGCAGGGUUUUUAUCCUGUGUGACUAGGGCCAGAGUGGAGGAGGAAAUGGCCUCCAGGUACCCACCCCCACCGUGGGGUUGAAUGUUUAUGGACAGCUUUUUUUUCCCAAAGCCGGAAGCCUGGAUCCCAUGGUCAGAGGCACGGACUGAAAAUGGGUGGACGAUGGGCAGCUGGUGGCCGGCAGAGGCCGCUGAGAAUCAGCGGAAGCUGGGUCAGGCGGCCAACGGGUGGCCUGACAGCUCCUGGAAAUCCUUGCUUCCUGUUUCCCCAACAAAGGACCUCUGUCCCCCUAGAAGGCCACUGGCCAGAGGGAGUGCAAGCCUUUCCUGUAAACAGCAUUGUUUUCCUUUUCUCCUCUCAACACAGUAACAGCAGCCCCCAUGCCACCAUCUGGUCUGUCACCACCAGCCACAGGGGCCAGGCAGUUUGGGAGGCCAGGCAGGUAGAGAGGAUCCAGUGGGUCUCCUGGGCCCAGUGGCUGCCUUGUCAAGCUAGGAAUGAGUUGCACCUUGCCCAACCUCAAUAAGGCUGUCCCAUAAGGCAGGCAGGUGGCUGGACCAGCUCUGGAGUCUGUGGAACCUGCAGAGUUAGUGAGGCAGGCCAUGCCGAGUCUGUGUUCUGUGGAGCUUGGAAGAACCCAUGAGCUGAGCCUCAUGGCAUGGUGCUACAGUGCCUGGAGCAGAGGACCAGGGCUGGGUCUCCUGAUAGUUGCCCUGGGCACUGUGCCAGGUGCUUAUCCUGGUGCCUGCUCUCAGAGAAUGUCCCCAACAUGCAAAGUCCCUGAACAGGGCCCACAGGAGCAGAAUGAAGGUGCAAGACAGGCCGGGCCUCUCUGCCCUGAGCGAGGCCUAGAGAAAGCCACAGGGACAGCACUGGGCCUGUCUGCCGGGCAGACAGGUGGGCAUGGUGCCCAGCAUGUGCGACUCUGAGGGAGCCUGUGUGGGCGCCUGUGCUACGGUAGGCAGCAAGUGCCUGAAUGGGCCUGUGUGAGGGGCUGGGGGCUAUUUAUAGCAGCUCCAAGCAGAGAGGAGCUAUUAAUAGCGAGGGAGGGUGAAUGGACAAUGACUGCUGCUGACUUGGGGAGGUGGGGGUGGGGGCCAUUCUCUGCGGAGACACCCGGGGCUGGUACCCCAGCCCCCACCCAGGCUCCGGGACAAGGGACCAUUAUCCGGCCAGCAGCUGAGCAACGGUCUGCAGUUCACGGGGGACAGCAGGUGGGGGUCUGGGUAGUGCAUCCAGCUCACUACCUUGAGCAGAUGUCCUGAUGGUGGGCCUGGGGGUGGGUGGGACAGCAGGGGUGCCCAGGAUGGAGCAGGGGUGCUGAGGUCAGGGCACCUUCCUGAUUCUCAGGUCGCAGCACAGGUAGGGGGUGGGGAAGGCUAAGAAAGGGUGGUGGGGCUGCAGGGGAAGAGAUGUGUAGGUUCCCAAGCCGUCUCUGGCAGGAUGACUAGGCAUCAGGGCAGUACACAGGUGGCCUGAGACGAGUGAGCUGGGCUUUUGAGCUGCACCGGAGCUGCCCCAACAAGCAGGCCCAUGGCUCCUGUUCUGUCUGAAGCUCAAUCUCUUUGGGUUUUCUGAAACUUCAAAAGCGGCACAAACUCCUAGAAAGAUCAAACUUGGGCCUACAGAAGGCGCAGCAUGGCUGGGGUCCCACCGCUUCAGGCCUUGGCUGCAGCCUCCACUCCUCGGACCACGUGCGUCCGCAGGCUGGUGGUGUCCCCUCCUCGCCCUAGGCCCAUUGGGCUGCAGAGGCAUGAAGGAUCGAGCCCGCGCCAGGGGCGCCCGGCGGGCCGGCCUGGGGAAGCGGUGGGGGCAAGGCUCGGCUCCUCCGGGGCCAGAGGGCGGCAGCGCGGCCACCACCUCUUCCGGUUUCCCAAGAAAAUCGUGGCCAGCCGCGUCGCUGUUCGCUCCCGGCGCACGGUGGCCCCGUGGAGCCGUCUCCAAGGACUUUGCCACAUCCCCGAACUCCACUUCCCCGAAACCCUCCUCUACUUCCGGCUCCGCCCCAGACCCCACCAGCCUCAACUCCCCACCCCCGCUUCCGCCCCUCCCGCUCGGGAAAGCCCAGCGGAGGCUUCCGGCACCGCCCCCUUCCCGGCAGGGCCGCGCCCGCACUUCCCGCCCGCGCCCCGCCCCGCCCUGCCCCCAUCUGCACUGCGCGGCUGGAAGGGAACUGGGCCCCAAGCAGCGGGAGGGCCCAGGCCAAGGUCUCUAGCCCACAGUUUCCUGACUCUUCGGGACCUGCCUACCACCUCCCUGGACCCCAGGCCCAUACCUGGGAAGAAACCACAUGAUGGAGAAGUGGCAGGGAGCACUGGGGGAUGCCUGUGCUCUGGAGUGAGAACCUCCCCCCCAAAGCAGAGGACAAGUGGUCGCACUUGCUUCUCCACCGGAAUACGAUGUAUAGGGUACCUCUGGGACAGCAGGACAGUAGUGUCCUGCAUGAGCAGUGACCUUCUCAUGGAAGAGACCUGUAUUCACAUCCUCCAACUUACCUCCAGAGGACCCCUGCUGAAGGAGGGCCACGUAGCUGCCCAUGGGCUCCGGUCUGGGUGUCCCAGGGUGGGGUGUCCCCUGCCUCCAAGCUCCAUGUUGGUGGCACCCCCUCCCCUAGUCAUGGCAAACAGGCAACUCCAGACACGGCCUGUGUUCGUGGGGACAUGGUGGCUGCCUAUGGUCCCCCGGGGCCCCAGCAACAUCCGUGGCAUUAGAGCAGGAACAGGCUGUCACUGAGGGGCGCUUCCGGAAGCUUCUAGCCUGGCAGGGCGUUCCCGGACCUGAGUGUGCGCAGUAUCGCCAGGGGACCCGGAGACCCUUUACCCCUCUCCUGCUCCCCCCGCCCCCAACGAACGCAGCGGGAGGGCAGCGGCCCCGCAGCGCCACCUGCUGGCGCCAAGCCGUGCUCACGCGGGGACCCGCUGUCCGUGCGCAGGCCACAGUCCCCGGGCCCAGUCGCGCAGGAGCUGUGUGAGAAGGGGCACAGGCCCGAGCCCCUAGGGGUCACCAACACCCAAGCCCAAGGCCUCCACCUGCCCGCGCUUUGGCAGGUGGAUCCCCGCGCCCCGCUCCGGUCUCCCAGGCCAGGCAAACAGCAGCAUCUGGAGCCGCGCGGUUCCCAGCUGGGAGGUGGUGUCGGUCCGGCGCACGGAUGCGCAGUACCAUCUGAGAGGUGGCUUUGGCGCCUUGGGCCUGAGCCUGACAGGGUCGCGCAUUUCAGGGGCGGCUUGGGUCCAGCAAGUGCCUCCUGCGCAAGGAACUCGCUGGGCCGUGUAUGCAGGUGGCAUUGAGUGUCCCAGUGUACACGUGGGAAGACCUUGCUCUAGUCCUGGCUGGACUUGUAGCCUCUCCUCCUGGCCACUCUAUGUCCUGUUCUUCCCCCAGACACCUCACCCCCCACCAAGGUGCUCCCUAGGCCAGGGGCCUUUUUUUCGAACCCUCCUGGUUUUCCACCUGUCCACUACACCACUGCACUGCAUCAUACCCAUCUGACCACCCUCCCGUCCUCAGCACAGCCUGUGUCAACCUCAUCUUCUGCCAGCCCCUGCCUUCUUCCCAUGACCAUCCCUGUGGCCUGCUCAGCACCUCAAAGCACCUUGUAGCUUACCCAGCCACUACCUCAGCCUGCACUAUGAUGAUUGCUGCUGUGCAGGGACCACCCGGCAUACGGCGAGACUGCAGUGCCAGCCUGUAGGUGCUGCCGUGCCCCCAGCAUGGGUCUGAGGUGCUUUCUAGUUCACAGUGCCUUGCCUUGGGGCCAGACGGGAGCAGCUGGAGGAGCCAGAGGUAAGACUGACCC